AUGGAUGGCCAUGAAAGCGACAGUGGCGAUGAGGAGCAGCGCCGUGAGGCGAUGUGUGUUGCAGCGUCACUGCUGAUCGUCGACAGUGCCACCCAGACUGAGCAGGAAGAGGCCGAGUUCGAGGAUUUGCAUAAGAGACUCGAGAGCGACGCCAUGCUUGCAGCGGAGACCGCGGUGGAAGGCGACGGUGAGAGCGAUGACCUCUUCGGGAUAGGGUCCCCUUUCGGCAUGGCGAGCCACGGGGUAGAAGAGAGGAUCAGGGGUUCGUUGAUGGGCACCUGUGUGAGAGAGGCGGGGAAGUUGUUGCCUGGACCCGGGCGUGGACGGAGCGAGGCAAACGCCGCAGCAUCGAACACGCGGCGAAACCUCAAAUACCCGGACGGCAUAUAUGAGGCGUGGUGCCAGGAGACUACGUGCCCUUUCCAACGCAACACGGGAUUUAGGCGCAACGAGUUCGACGACUUCUACACAGCGCAGGGCGGAGACGAAGGGCAUCUCUUCAGAGUUCCAAGGGACAUCGACGGGCAGUUCACGCCAGCUGAGAACAGUGCGCGACGUACGAUCAAGGGAACGCUCCGCUACCGCGACCGAGUCCUGUGUUGGCUCAUGAUGCUUCGCAGGGGGUGUUGCUUCCACGAGAUGACGACCUUGUUCGGGCCUGGCGAGUCGACCUUCUGCCGAGACUUUCUGUGGAUGACGAUCCAGGCCGCAACUCUUCCUUGUCUGGUUGACGAGAUUGCGUGGCCGUCCAUGGAAGAGCGUCAGGCACAGGCUGCUUUCCUCGCCGCCACUUUUCACCCUAGGCUUGCCAACGUCGCCUACAUUGCGGACGGUACAAAGGGAGCCGCAAUGCGCAAUCCUACGGAGGUAGGUUGUCAACGUUUAUUUCGAGUGUUUUAUCUGGGAAUGGCUGAGGGCUAGGGUCAGCGGCUGCGGGGUCCGCUAUGGCUUUUAAUGUUCAAGGAGCGGAUUGGUGUCGCUUCCCUUCGAUUGCUUAGAGAAACGCAGUUCGAACGGGAUGGGCUAGGGCUUGUUGCUCGAGAAAACAGGCGGCAAGGCAUGAGCUGGAAGGGCUUAGCUCCAUCGUGUAAAGGUCACAUUACACGGCAUAGGUUAGGCAGCCGAGAACCUCCAAAUCACCCUUGGAUUUUCGCUCAGUGUGUUUUGGGAAACUCCUCCCCGAAUGCAGCAAGUAUUUGCGCUUUCGAUCGCCACAAUGCCGCUACACACGUGCAGGUAGGUACAUGACUGCGCUGUGCCUGGUGUGAAGGCGACUUCAGGCCAGAUGUUGAAAGGGAUACCUGCGGGCCCUUCGUUCGCUAUCGGAUCUCGCCUAACACACCACCCCCACCCCACGGCGAACAUGACACCCCCU